ACCUAUCAGAAGCAAGAUCGUUUACUAGAGAACGCUUUACAUUUGCUUUAAUCAAAUAUCCAUCGUACUUAGCUUAGUAUGCGUCGUGAGAGGUUAUGUUACUUUACUAACUAUCUGAAUAUUUAUUUAAUUGCACAAAUUUCUACAAGUAUUAAGAAAUAUGUCUAGAAAAAAAUUAGUAUCGUACAUUAGACCUGAAGAGCCUAAAUUUUUAAGAGAAUUAAAAGAACAAAUUCAAUACAAGGAAAAACCAACAAUUAAUACAAAGAAAGAAGUUUUGCCUCGUGUCUCUGACGACGAAGCAGAAGAUAUAGAUGGAGAGAAGCCUCUUGUUGUUGUAUUAAAUUCAGGAGAUUUAACUGCAGAAGAAGCAGAAGCUUUUGAAAAACAAAAACAAAAAGAGGAAGCUGCAGCUCCUGCUGAUUUGUCUAAACGGAUUAUAUUUAGUAAAGAUAAAUUAAAAAAGAGAACUUUAGAUUUGGUCGAAGGGCCUGAUAAUAAAAAAAUUAAAAAGAACAAACACAAGAAAGCUAUUUUAUCGUUUAACGACGAAGAGGAAGAAAAUUUAGGAUAAAAAGUAAUAUAGUUGUAAAUACUAUUUUAUUUAAUUUUUAUUUACUAAAUAUUUUUCGACGAUACUUUAUAUAGAGUGUUGUUAACAAUUGCUGCUUUGAUUUCAAAUUUUUGAAAGAUAGAUUAUAAUAUCGUUAGCAUACAACAAAGUUUACUCCUCUUGUUAAAAUAUAAUUCUAAUAAUACUUGUAUAUUCAUUAUUUUUACUAUAAUAUUUCUCUACAAAAUAUUCUGACAUUUGUCGGUAAUAAUGUGAUCGAUUGAAAUUUUAUAAAUUUCAAUUAAAUUUGUACAUAUAAUAUCCAUAAAUAUAAUUUAUGUAAUAUAU